CCCAAAGUGCUGGGAUUACAGGUGUGAGCCACCACGUCUAGCCAACCUUUAUUUUGAAAUCCUGUUUGCUUGAGCUUUAUGAAAUGUAUGUCUUGAUAGAUGAUGGGAAAACUUAUUUGUAUCCUCAAUAAGGCAAAAGUGAAUUAGUUGAGCAUGCCCCCAAUUUUCACCCUCGAUUAGAGUAAUAAACUAUGACAGAGCACUCCCUUCUCAUCCUAGAGUAUUUCUCUCAGAUUUUCUUCGGGGUAUUAGUAGUAGAUCACUGAAAAUCCUUCUGUCUUCUGCCAUCUUAUAGCUAAGUAAAGCCAGCUUGUGGGCAGAAGGUCAUUGAAGGGCUGAAGAUCCCUCUCUUCUGAAUUGUGAGGGGUAAAACCUUCUGAAUUGUAAGGACACAUAUGACAACAUGGGAGGUUUUAAAUUUUUUUACACAAUAAAACCUAAUGUGUUUUGAUUAUUGUAUCCUCUGAAAUAUCUUAGAUAUUAAGUUUUCUAUUCUCCAGCAUGUGAGGGGAGCAAGAUUAUGUUAUUUUCUUCAUAAUACCUAUUUUCCUCUCCUUUAUGUUAUCCCAAAUUAACUAUAACUGCUUUAGUUCAGAAAACCUGUCCGAAGGAAAUAACCAUAUAUCUAGCUAAAUGUAAAAUUUCAAGUAAUCUACCAGUUAUAAUCUGCGUGUAUCAUAAAACUGAUUUUCACUACAUCUAUUUCUGACCCUAAUUAGGUUUUGCAGCUUAUAUAAAAAGCUGUUUUUAAAGACUUGGGCCUUGGGAAUUAUUCACCUUGAUGAAUAAUGCUCAAUGUCAAUGAAUUAAAAUAUUUUGAGUUAUUAUAACAUUCAUAUAAAAGUAAUAAUCAUGAAAAGCAAAAAAUAAUAUCAACAGGUAGAGAUAGGCAUUUAGUUUCUAAAUGUUAAGAAAGAGAACCUGUGAUUAUCCUUUUUUUUAGCCAGUUACAGAGGAUAAAUGAUAGCUUUUUAAAAUAUUAUACUAUUGUUACAUUUAAUAAGUCAUCCAGUACAGUUUUCUGAAAACACAGGGGAUAGAAGAACAGGUUAAAUGAUACCAUGAGGAAACAAUCAAACAAAUUCAGAAUGUAGGACAUCCUACAAAACAACUAGUCUGGACACUUCAGAAAUUCAAUGUCAUUAAAGAUGGGGGACUAUUCUAGAGUAAAUAGAUCUAACACCCAAAUACAAUGAUCAAAGUUGGUUGAAAAACAAAGUUUCUAAGACAUUCCUUAUAACAAAUGGUUAAAGUAAAGGUAUUUUUCAAAGGAACUGGAGUGAAUGAGAAUUCUUAUCAAAAUUGAGGAAAAGAUAAUAGACAAUUAGUGAAAUUUGAUAGGGACUGGAUUUUAGAUAACACUGUAUAAUUAUUGUUAAUUUUCUUAGGUAUGAUAGUAGCAUUAUGAUUGUAUGAGAUAAUAUUAUAAUUAUGUGAUACCUGCUGAAAUAUUUAGAGGUGAAAUAUAUCUGCAAGUUACUUUCAUAUGAGUUAGCAGAAAAGGGGAUGUGUGUGUAUAAAAUAAGAAAGAAAAAAUAUGGUAAAAUAUAAACAGUUGUUAAGUUUGGAUGGAGGUUAGAGUUGUAGUUUAUGUAUAGUUCUUUUAACUUUUCUAUAUAUUUAAAUUUUUUCAUUAUCCCAAUAUUUUUUAACCCAAUGGUUCUUUUAGAGACACAUCCAAAUAUUUAAAAUUAUUUUUUAAGGCAGCCUUAGGUUUUGUAGAAAAUUGAGCAAAUAGUACAGACAUUCCCCUCACAUAGCCAUUUUCUCCUCCUCAAAGUUUCCUUGUUAUCGAAAUCUUUCAUUACUGUGGUACAUUUUUUAUAAUUUAUGAACCAUUACUGGUGAAUUAUUAACUAAAUUUCAUAGUUUAGUGUUCACUCUUUGUGUUGUAUAGUUCUGUGGAUUUUGACAACUGCAUAAUAUCCUGUAUUUACCAUUGUAGUAUAGUAAAGUCCCCUGUGUUUAACCUCUUUAUUCCCCUUCCUCUUCUUCAUAGCCACCACUGAUCUUUUAAAUGGCUCUAUAAUUUGGCCUUUUUCAGAGUACCAUGUAAUUGGAAUUAUACAACAUCGUUGCCUUUUUAGACUAGAUUCUUUCACUGAGAAAUAUGCAUUUAAGUUUCCUUCAUGUCAUUCUGUGGCUUGAUAACUUAUUUCUUUAUGUUAACAUUUUUAAAAAACCCAAAAAGAAAAUUUAAAAGGCCAACAACAAACUACAACAUGCAUACCUUGUUUAGAAUCAGAUUGAAAAACCCAUCACUAAAAAUACAUUUUUAAAGAUAAUUUGGGAAACUAGAAUAUUUGCUGGCUAUUUAACAUUAUGAAAUUGCUCUUAAUUUUGCUAGAUGUGGCAAUUGAAUUGAGGUUACGUUGAAAAUUCUCCUAGGCAUUAGAAAGGAAAAUAAUAUUGAUACAUUUACAAGAAGAAAAUAUCUGGCUGCUCUUGGAGAGUUUCAUGAGGUUCAGACACAUCAAAUUUCAGGGAAAUGUGAAGUGGAAGCAGUGCAAAGAAAGAAAUAUGAGUAAGGAAACUAUUUCAGUGUCCAUUAGAACACUCUUAUUCGGAUUCUGUGCUUUUCCUGGGUCUUUGUGUUUUUCAGCUGGGUUUGAGUGAGUGUGACGAUGGUAACCUAACCACCACUGAGUUGCACACAUGCCCAAACACUGAACAAAAACAGAACUUUCUUAGUCAAAGCCUUCUUUCUGAAGCAUCUUAGGACUAAGAUCACUCCCUUCCAGGUUCUGAAAUUUAUUUUCUCCAAUUUGAAAAAAAAAAUGGCUUGGAUCUGUGUAAAGAUUUAUUUAUUCUUGCCCUGUCUAUGGGUGGAGUGAAGAGCCUUUCGAAACGCCAAUAAGACUUCGGUACAUUGAGAGACGCUACUUGAAAAUACUCAAUUUCGAUUGCCGUCAGCCUGCAAGAAAGCAUUGGGAUUUUCUUAGUUUAUGAGAAAAUAAAUACUCAGAAGAGACGCAGGGUGGCGCUGCAGCCUUAGAAGUAGAAGCAGCAAAGCGCCCAGCUGACGCUCGUUUACCCAGAUACUCAGCUAAAGAAGCAGCGAGCAGGAAGAGGAGGCUUUCUAAGGCGGUCGCUCCGGGAAAUUUGGGCCCUAGGAUUGUCCAUUCAGCCCAGUAUCAGCGAGAUACGGGGAGAUAGAGUCAGCGACAACGUGAGCCCGAGCUGGAGCAGGUUUGGUGCGAGACCAGAAGGCAAUGGAGGCCGGAGAGGGGAAGGAGCGCGUUCCGAAACAAAGGCAAGUCCUCAUAUUCUUUGUUUUGCUGGGCAUAGCUCAGACUAGUUCCCAGCCUACGUACUAUUCAGUGGCUGAGGAAACGGAGAGUGGCUCGUUUGUGACCAAUUUGUUAAAAGACCUGGGGCUGGAGGUAAGAGAACUUGCUGUGAGGGGGGCCAGGGUCGUUUCCAAAGGAAAAAAAAUGCAUUUGCAGUUAGAUAGGCAGACCGGGGAUUUAUUGUUAAAUGAGAAAUUGGACCGGGAGGAGCUGUGCGGCCCCACAGAGCCGUGUGUCCUACCUUUCCAGGUGUUACUAGAAAAUCCCUUGCAGUUUUUUCAGGCGGAGCUACGAAUUAGGGACAUAAAUGAUCAUCCCCCAGUUUUCCUAGACAAAGAAAUACUUUUGAAAAUUUCGGAGAGUAUCACCCCUGGAACUACUUUUCUGUUAGAACGUGCCCAGGACUUGGAUGUAGGAACCAACAGUCUCCAAAAUUACACAAUCAGUCCCAAUUUCCACUUCCACCUUAAUUUACAAGACAAUCCCGAUGGCAUAAUAUUACCACAGCUGGUGCUGGACAGAGCCCUGGAUCGCGAGGAGCAGCCUGAGAUCAGGUUAACCCUCACAGCGCUGGAUGGCGGGACUCCACCCAAGUCCGGCACGGCCCUGGUACGCAUUGAAGUUGUGGACAUCAAUGACAACGUCCCAGAGUUUGCAAAGCUGCUCUAUGAGGCACAGGUCCCGGAGGACAGCCCCGUUGGAUCCCUGGUUGCCAUCGUCUCUGCCAGGGAUUUAGACAUUGGAACUAACGGAGAAAUAUCUUAUGCAUUUUCCCAAGCCUCUGAAGACAUUCGCAAAACGUUUCGAUUAAGUGCAAAAUCGGGAGAACUCCUUUUAAGACAGAAACUGGAUUUCGAAUCCAUCCAGACGUACACAGUAAAUAUUCAGGCGACAGAUGGUGGGGGCCUAUCUGGAACUUGUGUGGUAUUUGUCCAAGUGAUGGAUUUGAAUGACAAUCCUCCGGAACUGACCAUGUCCACACUUACCAAUCAGAUCCCAGAAAACUUGCAGGACACCAUCAUUGCUGUAUUCAGCGUUUCAGAUCCUGAUUCCGGAGAUAACGGAAGAAUGGUGUGCUCCAUCCAGGAUGACCUUCCUUUCUUCUUGAAACCUUCUGUGGAGAACUUUUACAGUCUGGCGUUAAGCACAGCCCUGGACCGGGAGACCAGAUCCGAAUAUAACGUCACCAUCACUGUCACAGACUUGGGGACACCCAGGCUGAAAACCGAGUACAACAUAACCAUUCUGGUCUCCGACGUCAAUGACAACGCCCCCGCCUUCACUCAAACCUCCUACACCCUCUUCGUCCGCGAGAACAACAGCCCCGCCCUGAAUGCUAAUAGUAUCACUGGCAAAAACAGAGACAAUCUAGGGACUAAUACCUAAGUCACUUUCCCAUAGCCGCCCAAGGACAUAUUCCUCAGCCUUCUCUUGGUAUCCAUCAGCAUGGGCAAUGAGCUGUAUGCUUUGAUGUCCCCGGUUUUUGAGACUCUUGAAGAGUUUGACUUUCAGUAUGAGAAAUUUUUGACUGGAAUAUCAGAAACAAGUAUCAAAUUUCUGAAGUCAAUUGUCUUUAAUUACUGGGAGCUAUCUAUGAGGAAAGACUUUGAAAAGAAAUUUAACUUCUAGAACAAUUUGGGAUUUAUUUUAGAAAAAGAAAUUGUAUUCUCUAAAUUGUAUUUUUUGAGUUUUUUUUGUUGUUGUUGUUUAAAUUUCUUUAUCUCUAAGGAAAUGAAUUUCUUCAUCCCAAAUGUUUCAAUUCUAUUUAAUUUGAAGUAGGUAACUGGCAGUAUUGAAAUUUCAUUGUUGAUGUUUGUUAUUACAAGAAAGGAUAUUCUUUUUUUUUCUUUUUCUUUUUAAUUGUACUUUAGGUUCUGGGGUACAUGUGCAGAUCAUGCAG